AGAAAACAAAUCACUUAAACUUGGUCUUCUCUCAAAAUUAUAGGGUGAAAGAGGAUGUAGAAUAGAAGAUAAUGAGAUUAAUGAAAGAGAUAAUGAGAAUGUCAUAGAAGGCAUACAUCUUUUAUAAAAAGGGAAAGAUUAAUCUGCCAUACAUUAUGUACACUGUUACAAUAAUCCCUGUUUAUAAUUUUACUUCUCUUUUUCUUUUGUAAUGUCCUAGAUGGGAAGAGGAAUGAGUUAUCUUACAAAUUUAGAUUUUGCAAACUUGUGCACUGGUGAGAGUGCUAUUGAAACACAUUGUUAAGAAAGCUUUUCAACACAGAAAUGUGUCAUUUCCUUUCUUCAUGUCCAGAUGCUGAAAUACUAUGUGAUAAAGAUUUUAGGUUUCAAUUGUAAAGAGACGGAAGUGGCUAAAUCAGUGCUGCUGUCUUUGGGACAAAAGUUUCAGCUUGAAACAUUAUGCCAAGGGCCUUCAGCAUUUCAUGUGUAAUUAAUACAUUUUGCAUGUGCUUGAUGGAAGUAUGGAACAGUGGGAUCGCUUACCCGAACCACAGGAGGACACUGGCAGCUGUACAGAAUCUGUGAAGUUUGAUGCUCGCUCCAUGACAGCUCUCCUUCCUCUGAAUCCUAAAAAUGGCCCUACACUUCAAGAGAAAAUGAAGUCCUUCAAAGCUGCACUGAUUGCCCUUUAUCUUCUUGUGUUUGUGGUUCUCGUGCCUGUCGUCGGAAUAGUGGCAGCUCAUCUCCUCAAGUGGGAAAUGAAGAAUUGCACAGUUGGUUCAGUUGAUGUAAACGGUGCAUCUCAAAGUCUCACAGGGAAAGGAAAUGACAGUGAAGAUGAAAUGAGAUUUCAAGAAGUUGUUACGGAACACAUAAACAACUUGGAGAAGAGGAUCCAAUAUAUUUCAGAUAAAGAAGCCAAUCUUAUAGAUUCAGAGCAUUUCCAGAAUUUCAGUGUGAUGACUGAUCAAAGAUUGAAUGAUGUUCUUCUCCAGCUAAGUUCCUUGGUUUCCUCAAUCCAGGGGCAUGGAAAUGCCAUAGAUGAAAUCUCCAAGGCAUUAAUAAGUCUAAAUACCACAUUGCUUGAUUUACAUCUCAAUAUUGAAACACUGAAUGGCAAAGUUCAAGAGAAUGCAUUUAAGCAACAAGAGGAGAUGAAUAAAUUAGAGGAGUGUGUGUACAAUGCAUCAGCAGAAAUUAUGUCUAUGAAAGAAAAACAAGUACAUUUGGAAAAGGAAAUAAAAGGAGAAGUGAAACUAUUGAAUAACAUCACUAAUGACCUCAGACUGAAAGAUUGGGAGCAUUCUCAAACACUAAAAAAUAUCACUUUGAUUCAAGGUCCUCCUGGACCCCCAGGUGAAAAAGGAGAUAGAGGUCCCACUGGAGAAGGUGGUGCAAAAGGCAUUCCAGGUCCAAUAGGAAAUUUUGGACAAAAAGGCCAGAAGGGGGAAAAAGGGAGUGGAAGCACACAAACUCCAUCCAGAACAGUUCGACUGGUUGGUGGUAGUGGUCCUCAUGAAGGAAGAGUGGAGAUUUUCCAUCAUGGCCAGUGGGGUACAAUUUGUGAUGACCGCUGGGAAUUGCGUGGUGGACAGGUCAUCUGUAGGAGUUUGGGAUACCAAGGUGUUCAAAAUGUGCAUAAGGGAGCUUAUUUUGGACAAGGUACUGGUCCAAUAUGGCUGAAUGAAGUAUUUUGCUUUGGGAGAGAAUCAUCUAUUGAAGAGUGUAAAAUUAGACAAUGGGGUGUCAGAGUCUGUUCACAUGCUGAAGAUGCAGGAGUCACGUGCACUUUAUAAUUAUUAUAUUUUCAUUCACAUUUAUAAAUCUUUGUUGCAAAAUGA